AUGGAUGCUGAUCUAGAUACUCUCCGCAAAACACUUGCUGACAUUAUUGAAUUAAUUUCUCUCACACCGGAAAAAGAAGCUAAAGAUUUGCUUGAACUUAAAGCAAAUAUCGCUGAAGUAAUCGCUUUAAAGGAAUCAAGAUCAGAAAAUCCGCCUAGAGAUUCUGAUGACAUAACGUCAGAUAUAUUCUCCCAUUUACUCGAUGACGACGUACCUGGUAGUCGUUGUUCCAUUAUGGGGUGGACUUCGCGUGGGUACUUUGUUCAUCAAAAUGCCAUAGUAGCAGAGGUCUUGCGAAUUAGCCAAAAUGAGAGGAAAAUGCGAUUGUAUAUGGCUAACCCCACUAAAAUAGGUGAAAUUCCGUGUACGUCCUACUUAAAACACCACGAAUGUCCUAAAGGCUCACUAUGUAGAUUUAGUCACGGCACUAUUGCCGCCUCUGAGGAUUUAUGUGAUUGGUAUGAGCCAGAGGCAGAACUUUACUUAAAAGAGAAACAACUGUGCUUAGCUCUACCAACAACUCCAGGACUUCCUCUAUGGAGACACGGCUAUAUCAGACACACAGAUGUAGACGCUGGAACAUGUGUUAUCGAAUGGAUAAGCGUGUCGCCAAAUGCCAACCAUAUGGAAAGUGCAGUCAGUCUGCCUUUCACUCAUAUCUACCCUAUUCCUGAUUCCGGAUCAGAACAUACCAAUCUGAGGUCCUGUGAUUCAUCGGGACUUUUAGAAACCUAUUCAGAAGACGAUGAUGAUCUUACACUCGAUUUUACAGACGAAGACAAUUUACAGACCGCGCAACAGCACAAAGUAUACUUCAGUCUUAGUGAAGUUUUGCAACCAGGAUGCGACGAGGUGAAAUCUGCUAACCUCCCUCCACCAAGCGACAUUGGAGAGCCAGAUUUACCUCUAGGGGCUUGGGAGUCCCACACUCGAGGCAUAGGAUCACGACUUAUGCAGAAAAUGGGCUACACUGGUCAAGGAGGCCUUGGCAAACUGGGUACCGGCCGUCGACUCCCUGUAUCAACUGAUUCACGCCUACACCAAAUUGUGUUAGACGAUAUUGGUGGAGGAUUUUGGCAUCGACCCACUAUUGAUCAAUUGGUUAAAUUGAAGUCCGGAAUCAGAAGAAAAAAGCCAUUGCCAAAAUCUGCACGGAAAGUUGAAGGUUCAUCCACAAAUAAAUGCGAACCGGAUUACUACGACGGAUCUGUCUUUGACUUCCUCAAUUCCCGAGUUCUGGUCAUGAGCAGUAUUGAUCAUAAUGUUAAAUCCCAAACAUCAGUGACAGCACCUGGGAAGAAAAUGUCAACAAAAGAAAUGAAUGUUGAGAUCUACAAGAUUCAACGUGAAAUUCAUGCUACAUUGGAGGAAAUUUCCCGAACAGAAGACAUCAUAAGUCGCAAUGAUCAACGCGAUGGAAAGGUUGCCAACUUAGCCCGACAGAAACUCUCCGAUUUGAGACAACGAUUGCGUCGCCUACAUGAGCAAGAAUCCAAAUUCACUUCUCAGGUCCAAAGACAGAAAUCUAAUGCUAAAUUACGGAAUUUUUAA